GUUAUGCAUAAGAGACAUACAUUUGGAUUUGGUUCUUUGGUCAAUGAUGAUUAUAUUAUUAAUCCGGAUUAUAAACAGUAUCAAAACUUGUUUUUUUAUAUGUUUAACUGGGCUACGGUUGGGACUUUUAAAUGGAAGUACGCAAAGGGUACGCCUGAAAAUCCAGACUACAGUUUUGCUGUUAAUGCAAUGAAUAAAGUUCGAAAAAAUGGGUUAAAAGUGAGAGGCCAUAAUAUGUUUUGGGGAGUUCCACAAAAUGUACCCGACUUUGCAAAACAAAUGAACGGCACUGAAUUGAAUAGGACUAUCCAAGAUAGGAUCAAAUUUAUAACAGGAUUAACAAAAGGGAAGCUUGAACAUUGGGACGUAAAUAACGAACUUCUCCAUGGUCAGUACUUCGAAGAGACAGUUGGCGAUCCUCAUUAUUCACAGAAGAUGUACAAAGCUGUUCACAAAUCUGAUCCUUAUGCCAGACUCUUCUUAAACGAUUAUGAUGUUUUGGCAAUGGGAUCUAACACGGAUUCUUACAUUGACCAGGCUUUGGGAUUUGAAGCAGAUAAAACAGGAUUAGGGGGCAUUGGUCUUCAGAGUCAUUUCAGAGCAUUUACACAACCAGACCCAACUCUGUUAAAGCAACGUUUGGAUAAAUUAGCUUUGAUUGGUCUUCCAUUGUGGAUCACAGAGUUAACUUUAGAGGCAGAUAACGAAGAUGCUAGAGCUGAUUGGUAUGAAGAUGCUUUGAGAAUGUACUUUAGUCAUCCUUCAGUGCAUGGUGUCAUAUUUUGGGGAUUUUGGGACCAACCGGGUGGAAAUGCACACUCAUCUCUUGUUAACGGAUAUAAUUAUUAUAUAAAUAAAGCAGGGUCAAGGUACCUAAACUUAAUCAAAAAUGAAUGGAGUACUCGUGUCAAUCGGAAUCUGACAUCUGGACCCAAAAUCAGUCUACGAGCUUUUAUGGGAGACUAUGACUUAACAGUAUUAUACAAGGGCAAACAUAUACAUUAUGAAACCUUUAGUCUAGAUCUAUAUAAGGAUAUCUCAAUCAAAAUCCAUGACAAUCCAACUGAAAUUACCAUACCACCAACAGUAGAUCCCUACGCAGCGGUCACAGCUCAUCCAGAUAUCAGCCAUAAAGAUGAACAUGUUGUUGGCCAAGCGUCUGUGAAACCUAAUGCUGGGAACAAUUUAACAUGUGAAACUAGAUGGUCAGGAUUUUCAGAAAUUGGCGAUGAUAAAAAUGUAUGGGCCGAAUGUCCCGAUGACAAGAUCUUAACUGGGUGUGCCAGUGUGUUGAAGGAUAACGACUGGCAUAAGGAUGGCGAAGAAAUACGGAUGGAAGGGGGAAAAGCCAGAUGUUAUGCUACAAAUGGAUAUCGGACGUUUGGUCCUGUCCAAGCUGUUGCUAGAUGUUGUAAAGUAGAAGGUUUACAAUGUAUCUAUAAAUCUGCUGGUAUGUCUGAUAUUGGUAUUGAUGACGAAGCUGCCAUAACCUGCCAGAAUGACGAAUUUCCUCUAGGAUGCGGAUCGAAUACCUGGGUGUCUUCAACUGAUGGGGCAUUUCCUGUGAAUAAAUCCUGUAUAGCACAAAAUGAUGGAACUGAAUUAGGCGUGUUUGUAACAGGAAGUUGUUGUAAAGCACCACACAUGAAUUGUGAAGUUCGUUGGUCACCAGCUAGUGGUUUAUUACAAGGUGCCCUAACUAACGUUACAUGUCAGUCAGGCUGGACACUCACAGGCUGUUCAGCUUUCUCUAAGUACGGAAGAACUGCAGGGUCAUUUAUAAACACAUUAAAUGGAGAAGUACAUUGUUGUGCUGUCAAUGGUGGAGAUAAAUAUCCAGGAGAGGAAGGUGUUAAAGCUGUAGCUACAUGUUGUCAAAUCAAGUAAAUUAUAAAUCCCCAUAUUUUACACAAUAAAAC